GACCCCGCGCAACGAAGGCAAACAUGCCACGUGCGACAGCUGAUCGAGUCCUGACCCCACGCAUAGCACAAGGACACCUGUAGAGCACCUGUAUCCCGAUUUCACACACCUGUCCAGCCGCAGCUAUCAUGAGCCGGACUUUUUUUUAGCUAAGGAAGAAGAGUGUUGAGGAAUCCAACUCAACUAAAAUCUUGUAUGGUCUGUCUUCAUGUCUUCCAAUCCUCCAGAGGAUAUGAUUGACAAUAGCAACAUGGUACUAGAUAUGAGGCAGGCGGUGUUUAGCAGAACACCUCUGUCAUACAGAGUUGGAAAUUCAACUCUUCAUGUGCAGACAAAGUUUGUAACUCUGGUAGCUGCUGUUGGACUGGUGUCCCUGUUGGUGCUGUUCAUGAUCAUGCCUUCUUCCCGAGUUGGUACUAGUAAUCUUACCAAUGAUAUUUGGGGUCAUGGUGAGGAGCAUGGUCAUGGACACCAUCAUCAGCGUAACUGGUUUACCUUCUACAACAGUACAUAUCCCUUAACACAGCCUGUCUACAGUGACAGAGGUUAUAUUAAGUACAGAAUAGCAGUAGUAACAGACUUAGACACAGACUCUAAACAUCCAACUGAAAAAAAUACAUGGAUUAGCUACUUGAAAAAGGGUCAUCUUAAGGUUAACGUAGAGAGUGAGGAAGUUAGUGUUGAAUGGGACAAGGAACUUAUUUCUCUCAAAUCCAACAUGGCUUAUGGAGGCAGAGGAAUGGAACUGUCAGAGCUCAUUGUUUUCAAUGGCAAGCUUUAUGCAGUGGAUGAUCGGACAGGAAUUAUUUAUGAAGUUGAUCUUCAUGAGAAUAAAGUCAUCCCUUGGGUUGUUUUAACAGAUGGCAAUGGCAGAAAUACUAAAGGAUUUAAAAGUGAAUGGGCCACAGUGAAGGAUGAGACUCUUAUAGUUGGGGGCCUUGGCAAGGAGUGGACAACUGCGCAAGGAGAACUGCUUAACCAUAAUCCUCAGUGGGUCAAGACAAUAUCCACACGAGGGUUUGUUGAACACCAUGACUGGACACGGAACUAUGAAAAAUUGAGAGAAGCCAUAGGAAUCUUUUUCCCAGGUUAUAUGAUUCAUGAGUCAUGCUCGUGGUCAGAGGGUCAUCAGCGUUGGGUUUUCUUACCGAGGCGAGCAUCUACAACUCGGUACGAUGAAAAGGAAGAUGAACACCGUGGCACAAAUAUCAUGUUGCAAGCUACUGAAGGAUUUGAAAAUAUCAAGGUCAGUCAUGUUGGUGAUAAGAUUGACACCCAUGGAUUCUCCAGCUUCAAAUUUAUACCUGGUACAAAGGAGAAGUUAAUUGUGGCUUUGAAGUCCGAGGAAGUAGAAGGGAAGGUUGCUUCAUAUGUCAUGGCUUUCAAUAUUAAUGGGAAAGUUGUACUGCCAGAAACAAAAGUAGGAGAUUUUAAAUUUGAGGGCAUUGAGUUUGUAUAGUACCUUUUAAGAUAUUCAGGAUUGUGUUAUUAGUAAAAAUUGAAUGAUGUGAUUUUCAUGCACAAUUGUGGUUGCACUCUAGGGAGUUUUUCUAAAGAUA